UAGCCGCUCCCCAGCGCCUCGUCUUUUUCCUCCAGCUGAGAACGCCACUGCACUCUCGGCCCGCGAUGCGGGGCCCCGGCACUGCGGCGUCGCACUCGCUCCUGGGCCUGUGCGCCCUGGUGCUGGCGCUUCUGGGCGCACUGCCCACGGGCACCCGGGCUCAGCCCUACCACGGCGAGAAGGGCAUCUCUGUACCGGAUCAUGGCUUCUGCCAGCCCAUCUCCAUCCCGUUGUGCACGGAUAUCGCCUACAACCAGACCAUCCUGCCCAACCUGCUGGGCCACACAAACCAAGAGGACGCGGGCCUCGAGGUGCACCAGUUCUACCCGCUGGUGAAGGUGCAGUGUUCUCCCGAGCUGCGCUUCUUUCUGUGCUCUAUGUACGCUCCCGUGUGCACGGUACUCGACCAAGCCAUUCCUCCGUGCCGCUCCCUGUGCGAGCGCGCCCGCCAAGGCUGUGAGGCUCUCAUGAACAAGUUCGGCUUCCAGUGGCCUGAGAGGCUGCGCUGCGAGAACUUCCCGGUACACGGCGCCGGCGAGAUCUGCGUGGGCCAGAACACAUCCGACGGCUCCGGGGGCGCAGGCGGCAGUCCCACCGCCUACCCUACAGCUCCCUACCUGCCCGACCCGCCUUUCACUGCGAUAUCCCCCUCGGAUGGCAGAGGCCGGUGGUCUUUCCCCUUCUCCUGCCCGCGCCAGCUCAAAGUGCCCCCCUACCUGGGCUACCGUUUCCUAGGUGAGCGCGACUGCGGUGCCCCGUGUGAGCCGGGUCGUGCUAACGGCCUCAUGUACUUUAAAGAGGAGGAGAGGCGUUUCGCCCGCCUCUGGGUGGGUGUGUGGUCAGUGCUGUGCUGCGCCUCGACGCUCUUUACGGUGCUCACCUACCUAGUGGACAUGCGGCGCUUCAGCUACCCAGAGCGACCCAUCAUCUUCUUGUCUGGCUGCUACUUCAUGGUGGCUGUGGCGCACGUGGCGGGCUUCCUGCUAGAAGACCGCGCCGUGUGCGUGGAGCGCUUUUCGGACGAUGGCUACCGCACGGUGGCGCAGGGCACCAAGAAGGAGGGCUGCACCAUCCUCUUCAUGGUGCUUUACUUCUUCGGCAUGGCCAGCUCCAUCUGGUGGGUCAUUCUGUCCCUCACUUGGUUCCUGGCAGCUGGCAUGAAGUGGGGCCACGAGGCCAUCGAGGCCAACUCGCAGUACUUUCAUCUGGCCGCGUGGGCUGUGCCGGCGGUCAAGACCAUCACCAUCUUGGCCAUGGGCCAGGUAGACGGGGACCUACUCAGUGGAGUGUGCUACGUGGGCCUGUCUAGUGUGGAUGCGCUGCGGGGCUUCGUGCUGGCGCCCCUCUUCGUCUACCUCUUCAUCGGGACGUCCUUCCUGCUGGCCGGCUUUGUGUCUCUCUUCCGCAUCCGCACCAUCAUGAAGCACGACGGCACCAAGACGGAGAAGCUGGAGAAGCUGAUGGUGCGCAUCGGCGUCUUCAGCGUGCUCUACACGGUGCCUGCCACCAUCGUGUUGGCCUGCUACUUUUACGAGCAGGCCUUCCGUGAGCACUGGGAGCGCACCUGGCUCCUGCAGACCUGCAAGAGCUAUGCCGUGCCCUGCCCCCCAGGCCACUUCCCACCCAUGAGCCCCGACUUCACAGUCUUCAUGAUCAAGUAUCUGAUGACCAUGAUCGUGGGCAUCACUACCGGCUUCUGGAUCUGGUCGGGCAAGACCCUGCAGUCAUGGCGUCGCUUCUACCACAGACUCAGCCACAGCAGCAAGGGGGAGACUGCGGUAUGAGACCCGGUCUUUCCCCUACCCUUGCCACUUCUACCUCCCCGUAGGAGAGGAGGCUUGGUAGGGAAAGAACUGCUGGGUGGGGACUUGUUUCUGUAGGCUACCCCCUCCUCCACUUAGCUUUAACGUGGAAGUGAGAAGUUAUUUGGAGGUGAGAGGUGAUUUCGAGUGGAGGCCUGAGUGAAAAGUCAAAAGGCGGCGUGGAUAGGAAAACUGCUGCUGGCUAAGACUCGCAGGAUGCUAACUGUGAAAGAUAUGGGCCGGGAGGGCCGUUAGGAAAAGGUUGAAAUCAGCAGAAACUGGUGAGUUCCUCCGGGCGCCAGAGCUGAGCCAGGGCUGAGUCCAAUCCCUGCUGCAAGGCAAGCGGCUGUCCUCACUCCAGUGAGGCCGGGGGAGGGGGGAAGAUAGCGCUGUCUGCAGCCUGGCUUUGUUGGGAAAAUGGGGGGGCCCCCUGUGGUGCCCUUGUCAAGCGGUGGUCAAACCAUAAUCUCUUUUCACUGGGGCCAAACUGGAGCCCAGAUGGGUUAAUUUCCAGGGUCAGACAUUACAAUCCUCUUCCCCGACCCCCUCCCGCCUGUUUUCCUCCCCUUCUCCUUUCAAGUCUAGUAAAAUGAGCAUUUGGAAGGCCGGGGAAGGCUGCCUGCUAGAAUCCUAACGUGAAGAUGCAAAAGAAGACGGGAAAAUUUCCAAGUGGAGACCGAGUGGUAGCCUGGUUCUGCUACUUUCUUCAUUUUCUUGGGAAGGCGGGAGGCAGACAGAAAAAGAAUGUUUUAUUUGGUUUCAUACCCUGAAAAAGAAGUGAUGACUUGUUGCUUUUCAAAAUAGGAA